AAGGCGGUGGUUAUGGACGUCGGCUCUGGCUGGACGAGAAUGGGGCUUGCUGGCCAGGAGAAGCCUUCUUGCGUCUUCCCCACCAUCGUGGGCAGGAUGGACUUGAGAACGUACGACCGAAUCGCGGGCCAGGACGAGAGGGUGUUCGUGGGGCACCACGCCAUCGACGAGGCUAACAAAAGAACCGCCGAUCGCGAGCUGCCCGACAGGAGAGGCCCUAUGCCCAGGCCGAUCUUGCUGCAGCGCCCCCUGUCGGAGGGCGUGGUGACGGACUGGGACGACAUGGAGGAGCUGUGGAGGUUCGGCAUCGAGGACGAGAUGCAGCUGGACGCGAUGGAACACCCCGUGCUCAUGGCCGACUCCACGGCGACGGAGCCUUCGGCGAGAGAAAAGGCCACGGAGGUGCUCAUGGAAACCCUGUCGACGCCCGCGGUACACAUGGCCCUCCAGCCCGUGCUGACGCUCUACGCGUGCGGACCAACUUCCGGCCUGGUCGUAGACAUCGGAGAAUCAGGCACACAGGCGACUCCCAUCUUCGAUGGCUUCGUGGUGGAAACGGGCAUCCGAUGGGUUGGUCUCGGAGGCAAGGACAUCACCAGGCACCUCGCGGCCUUGGUCAAUGCAAAGGUGGGAUUAUUGGGGGGCGACGACUUCGACCCGGAUGACCCUUGCGACGUGAUGAAGCUCGAGGCUCUCAAGGCGAAGGUCUGCUUCGUGUCGGAGGACGUUGACAAGGACAACGCUAAGAUGGAGCUGAGCAUGUCGAAGCCUUACACCCUCCCCGACGGCACUCGGGUCACACUCGGGCGGGAGCGUUACAGGGCCGCGGAGCUGCUGUUCGACCCCGCGAUGAGCUUGAGGGAGGAAGAGUCUUUGCCGAACACCGUUCUCGACUCCAUCCUGUCCUGCGACCGCAAGACCUGGCCGAUCCUGGCUCAGACCGUCAUCCUCACCGGGGGCACAACCGAGAUGCCCGGCCUCAACCGACGCCUCCAGAGGGAGCUCACCAAGGCCUCCCGUGCCAACGGGGUUCGCCUGAAGUACACCGUCAUGGGCCCUGAAGAUGACCACAACAACACCGUGUGGAUCGGCGGGUCCAUGCUUGUGUCUGCCGGCGCCCUAGACGGGCUGUGGUUCACUCGCGCCGAGUACGAGGAGUACGGUGCCGGAUACAUUCACUCCAAAUUCGCAGCGUGAUUCAACGCACAAGAAGGCUGACACGCAGCAGCAGCAGCAGCAGCAGCAGCAGCAGCAGCAGAAGUGGCAGCUGUUGUAGCAGUACUCGUUAUGGCGCUGGGACUUGAAACGUACGCUUUGUCCGCCAAGCUUCGUGCAUGUACUAGCAGCAGCACCGGUGUGGCCCACCAGUGCCCACCGCUGGUGUAUUCUGCUGCGGUUCUUUAGAUUCUGUCAUCGAGGACAGAAUACAACAAUUUUUGCAAGCUGUAUGAAUAGAAGCUGGGCAGGGGCGGAAAUGGAGGGUGAUCGUGCACGUUUUCGGCCUUCGGAAGAGAAUGAAUGAGGAUGGGAGAGCUAUUUGAAUAAGCUCCGGCGCAACAGAGUGGUUUUCGCAACGAGUGGUGUUGUCGACGUUGAUGGCGUGAGGGAGGACGAAUAGACAACCCACAACCAGGCCAGGGCGCACAGCUGUAUCGUAUUGCACCGAACAAAACAUCAACAGACCCCCUGUUGUUGCGCACCAUGGGACUGGGCGCGCUGGGACGGGCGCUGCUACAGCUACUACUAUUAAUGGAGGUAGUCUUAGAUCGUGCCGUAUUGCUCGCCGGGACGUACUCCUGUUUUUUCUGUCGGCCAGUUAGCGAGCAUGCGGCGGCGGCUCACGGCGUACUAUUAGUCUGGCGAGGUCAUUUUUUGUCCCGUGUACGUGUGAUUGUUCUCAUUGUUGGCAUCGACCGCGCUAAACGGCUGACCAAUGAAAAGACGUCAGUCUCAGUGCGGUAGAGAACACGAAACAAUUCUGAAUGCCAUUAACUGGGACCCUUGAGGGGGCGCGGCAUGAGGGAUACGUGUGUGUGUAUAUGUCUUGUGCUUGUUUUGAUUUUGGUGGGGGACGUUUGCCUCAGCCGCGAGAGAGUCGGGGCUGCUGCCUUGUCGUGCCCACCGCUUGCUUUGUCCGAAUGGUAGAGAAUCAAUCCUGCUUUGGUUCGGAAAAGGUUGGUCCGGUUGUGUCUCGGCUGCCGGGGGGCACGAGGGACCUAGAAAGCGGCAGGGGGGGGGGAGGGGUG